AUGGAUAUUUCAAAAUAUGAUGGAAAUGUUCACCCAGAUGAAUGGAUAAACGAUAUUAAAAAAUAUAAUUCUCUUUGGGAAAAUAAUUAUGGAGGAUUUUUAAAAACUGUUAUAUCAUUAAUAGAUCCUACUAUCAAACUCUCAUCAACCGAAAUUAAUGAUAUUGAAAAACUUCGUAACGAACUUAAAGAUGAUAUUUCUUUUGAAGUUUUUAAGAAUACUAAUAAAAGAAAAUUACAAUCAUUAAAAUAUUAUCCUGAAAGAAAAGGUGGUGAUACUUCAAAAUUUAUUUCAACUUUUCGUAAAUUAUGUUAUAAUGCUGAAAUUAAUGAUAUAAAAGAACAAAAAAAAUAUCUUUAUAAAUCAUUACCUAAUAAUCAUUUUGAUUAUAUUUCAAAUGAAUUUUAUAAUAAAAUGAAAAAUGUAAAUUCAAUUAAUGAAUUAAUUAAAGAAUUUGAAAAUAUAGUUUUAGAAGAAUCAAAAUUAAUUAGGAAUGAAUCUAUUGUGGCAUUAAAACAUACUUCUACAGGAAAAUAUUUAAGUUCAAUUUCAAAUUUAUGUUAUACAACUGGAAGUGGGAAACAAUUGGUUUUUGCGGGAGGUGUAGAACCUGAUCCAAAUUCUUUAUGGAAAAUUCAAUUUGAUACAGAAUUAGCUACUUAUGCUGAUACUUUUAUAAGGUUACAACAUAUUAAAUCUAGAAAUUUUCUUGGAAUUCGUUAUCAAGGUUAUCAGUAUGAUAAUACUAAAGGUCGUGGUAUCUAUUGUUAUUACAAAUCUCCAUCAACUAAACAUACAGAAGUAAUUUGUGGUGGAGAAGAAACAACUUGGAAGUUCAAUUAUAAUAAAUUAGAAAAUUAUCGAGGGUAUUUAAAAUCAGAUGAUAUUAUUAAUAUUAAUAUUAAAAGAAUGUAUGAUGAGAAUGGUCGAAAAAAUGGUCAAGUUGAAUUUUUACGUAGUCAUGAUGUUCAAUUUACUAUCGGAAAUGAUCUCUUUCAAGAAGUUGUUUGUCAUAAUGAAAGAUUGGGAGGAAAUGAUGAAUGGUGCAUUGAACUUAUUCACGAAGUUAACAUUUUUUAA